AUGCACGAUACAAUCGUUCGCCUAGCUGAUGUUUGGAAGACGUGCAACAAGAUCCGAGCUGCGGCCUUCCGCGUAGGCCUCAACUUGUGGGACUUCUACCGGCCCCUGGAUCCGGAGGGAAACUCACUUAUAUCUGAAUCAAAGUUCGUCUCGGUGCUGGCCGGGCCGCUGCGCUCUGUCAUUGGACUGUCCGAUGCGGAGAUAGCGCAGCUGGCGGACUACUUCAGGGCGCAGGACGGCCGCGUGCUCUACCACCAGCUCUGCCAGAUCGUGCAUGGAGAAGAUGCCGGCGGGCGCGACAAGACCACGUCUGACUGCCUGCUGGAGGCGUGUCCCCCGCCGCCAGAGCCGUCCUGCCACAAGGUGGACAUGUGGCAGCUGCGCCGCCUCUGCUGCUUGCUGGCCACCAUCGCGCAGAGGGACAUCCCGCUCAAACCCUACUUCCAGGAUUACGAGCUGGUUGCCAAAAAUGACGGCAGGAUCACAUUCGCCCACUUUGCGCGCAUCCUCAACUACAUCGGGGUCCUGGUGUCUCCGGAAGACUUCAACUUGCUCGUGCGUCGUUUCAUUAAGGAUUCCUACACUUUGGAUUACGUUGAGUUUAUCAAGGCCGUUGAGGCGGUCAAGAAAGAGGGCAUUCAAGGUUUGGGACCGGAGUACAACAACCCCACAGCGGUGAUAGACACGACGCUUCCCAAGAUGGUACGGCCCGAGAUCGAGGCGGGGCGCUCCACAGCGCCGCUCGGGGCCUCCGAUGUGUUCCACCCAGCGCUGGAGACGCCCAAACCUACGCGGCAACUGCUCGACCUCAUGCUGAGGGUGCAGGAGUUUGUGAUGCAGCGACGUGUGCGCGUUUCGGAGUUCUUUAGGGACUACGACCCACUGAACAGCGGCCGCAUAUCGCCGCAGCAGUUCCGGCGAGCGCUCGACAUCAUGGGCUUCAACGCGAUCAUGUCGGACCUGGAGAUGCUGUGCGUCACCAGGCACUACCUGGAUCCCAACCAGCCGGACCGCGUGUGCUGGAGGACAUUCGAAGACGAUUGUGAUCAAGUAUUCACAAUAAAGGAGCUAGAGAAGCACCCGGACGCGGCGGCCGGCGGUGCGGCGGCGGUGGUGGCGGCGCUGCCGGCGGUGGGCUCGGCGGCCGAGCGCGGCGGGCCUGCGCCCGACGAGCUGGACCUGGCGCAAGCGGCGCUGCUGCGGGUGCGCGCCGCCUGCAACGAGCGCUCCAUCGACCUGCGCCCCGCUUUUGGGGAACAUGACGAACACAACAACGGGCACGUGUCGCGGUCGCAAGUGCGGCGCGUGCUGGCGCGGCUCGGCGUGCUGCCCACGCCGCCGCAGAUCCGAGCGCUAGAGACGCGGUAUCUGGACGACUGCGGCUUCAAUUAUGUGGCUCUACUGGAUGAGCUGGAGGAAAGACCCACAGAGAGCGCUACCAUCGCGGGCCCAGCGAUCGCGCCGCGCCGCCCGCAACAAUCUGCCACCAAUCCUCUCGAAACUGAUAUCGUACAAAUCCUUGCCAAGAUCAAAGGAAAGAUGGUGCGAGAGGGCGUGCGUCCACGCGAUUUCUUGCAGCAGUUCGACCCUCGUCGCGAGCUGGUCAUCCCUCGGGCAGACUUCUACCGGGGUCUGGGUUCCGCUGGCCUAUCACUUACUCCACGAGAAAUGGAUACACUAAUGGAAGUUUUUUGUGCGCCGGGACGUCGUCGAUACGUAGAGUACGAAAGAUUCUGCUCCACGGUCGGCGAAGCCCUAACGCAGAGCGGUCUGGAGCGAGCACCCCUCUUGGAGCCCGUGCCGCACGUGCCCACCAUCGACACGCCUCUCAAUUUCCUAAACUUUGAGGAGAGGAACAUUGUUGCGAUGGCUUUGUCCAAAUUAGCCAAAUUUCCCGACCAACUCUCGAAUAUACUGGAAGUGUUUAAGGACAUUGACAAGGAACGUUGCGGCACAAUCCCGCGAGUUUCGAUUGAGCGAGCGUUGUGCCAGCGAGGUCUACUUGCUUUGCUGUCUGCUCGAGAGAGGGACGUAGUGUACAAAUGCUUCGGCUACCGAAGAGGGUGUGGUGACGAGGUCAACUACAGGGCUUUGUGUAAUGCAUUGGAUUUGUUGUUUGCUACCUCUGCACAGCCUUGUUAA